AUGUUUCGUAACGAUGUUGAAACGACGCCAUUUUUACCAUUACCGUACUCUCUACUGGCCAUAUCGGUCUUCAUUAUUCAACAACUACGAGAACUCUUUAUUGCUACAGAAAAAGCGCUCAUCUUGGUCGGCCACAUUGGCUCUGAAUCGAUUUCAGCUGUUGCUAGUGGUAAAAGAAAUUGUUUUGAGAAACGUACACUACAUAACAAGCAUAAGUCGCUUUCUGAUCUAAAUACUACCCAGUAUGUAAAUCACAUCGGGUCUCGUUCCACGGACAGUAUGACCACGUAUAGAACGCAAAAGGAUCUCCCAUAUUCACAGAUUCCAAUUGCUUUAGAUAACAACCAAAACUACAAGCGCUAUGAGCCAGAAACAACAGUGAUCCCGAACUUCUACAGUAUUCGUGAAGAUAUCAAACGUGAGUUAAGGUUGAACAAACAGGAUUUCGUCAACAACAACUUGGUGAGUCCCGAAGGUCCACCGGCACGAACACCCCUAAGUCCAACGCAUACAAGAGCUUUGAAUGGAGUAACUGCUGCUCAGCGAGUUAUCAAUAGCAAGAACGCUGCUAAGAGUGCGGAGGAAAAACCAUCCAAAGCUGUAAGCAUCGAUAUUAAUUCAGCUAGGCGCCGAACUGUCAUCCAAGCAUCGACUUCAGAGCUGCUGAGAGGCCUCGGCGAGUUUAUUGCACAGAACAGCGAUGUUGCAGCGUUCGAACCCGCACAUUUAGUGAUGUGGCUACGAACAGUAGACAGAGCCCUUCUCCUUCAG